CAUGGGAUCACAGAAAUCUGCAGGUUUUUCAAUAAUCUGAGCUUUCAUCGCUUCUGGGUUCUCUGUAAUUCCCAAUAUUAUGAGCUUAUUGAUACUCAUACUUCUAAUUUGAAUCCCCAGAAGAAGCUUUCGGGAAUCGAAAUGAAUCCACCUACUUUGAUGAACGAUGGCUCAUUUCCAAGUAACCCAAAUGCCAAUGCCAAUAUCACGCCCUACAAUCUCCCGGAGAUCUGGCAGUUCCCAAUUAAUGGUGGAACUGGUGUUGAUGAAUCUGAACCUGGACUCGCCCUCAGGAUGGCUCACCUCGCCCAUAAUUUGGGGCAUUUUGAAGAGAUUGCUAUGGGGAAUCCAGAGGUUUCGUCUAGUGUUCCAAUGAACUUGCUGCUGUUGCAGAGACUAGCUCAUGUCCGUGGCGUUUCCAAGAAGCGGCUUGAUUCAGACCAAGAUUCGCCUAAGCUCAGUUCGUCUAGUAAUGGCAACAAUGUCAGUGGCAAUAGUGGCGCCGCGAAUGACUCUGGUGGAAAACGCCUUAAAUCAGCGGCUUGUAGAGAUGAUAAACACGAAUCUAAAACAGAAGCGGAACCCAGAUCUGGCAAGGCCGAGGAGAACUCUCAACCCCCUCCAGAAAAACCCAAAUUGGAUUACAUCCAUGUGCGAGCGAGAAGGGGCCAAGCAACUGAUAGCCAUAGUCUAGCAGAAAGGGCCAGAAGAGAAAAGAUAAGUGAGAGAAUGAAAAUUCUACAAGAUUUGGUCCCUGGGUGUAAUAAGGUGAUUGGAAAAGCUCUUGUACUAGAUGAGAUAAUCAAUUACAUUCAAUCUCUUCAGCGUCAGGUUGAGUUCUUGUCAAUGAAGCUAGAAGCAGUUAAUUCGAGGAUUGGCCCUGGAAUUGAAGUGUUUUCUCCUAAAGAUUAUGGCCAACAGACAUUCGAUACAACAGGUACGACAUUCGGCUCACAAGCAACAAGAGAAUACAGCCGUGGGUCAUCACCCGAAUGGCUGCAUAUGCAGAUCGGUGGGAGUUUCGAAAGAACGACGUAGUAGUCCAGUAAAUUCUGUGAACCAUUACUAAUAAAAGCAAGAAAGAGCAGUAGUAGAGCUCUCAACAAGUAUAGUCCAUAUGGAAAAAUGAAAGGUAGAGUUAAAAUGAUAGACUGAAGCAUGAAGAUAUGGAUGCUGUUCAUCAUAGAUCUGCUUUUAAGUUAGUGAUUGAACAUCUGGUAGUGUGUUGGAAAGUAGAUUCUCUGAUAUCUCUGCUCAUAAACUCCUUCAUACAAAUACUAAAAAGUUAACCUGCUGAACAAGCAUUAUUCUUGUGAAAAUAAAGUAUUGCUUGGAAUGAAUUUUCAACAUUAUUAUUAUUAUU